CCUCCCACGCAACUAACGCAAGGAGACUGUAAUCGCUCGGCAAUUUAUCCCGUGUGACCUUGAGGCUUUGCUGCCUCGGAGGACCGGGGCUGUCCAAUGUAUUGCCUUUUUACCUCUCUUAGCCUCCUCGCCUCUCACUGGGCCCAAACCUGCCGCAGCCAAAACGGAAGGACAUACUUUUUCAACCACCAUAGUGCGGAGUGUACUAGCCGUACGCUCUGAUUCUGGGAGCAGAGGUGAGGUAGUCUUUGGUCCGGCAGCGUUGGCAGCGCCUCAGCGGAAGAGCGGGCCUCCAAGCCCCAGCGACCAACCCCCGCCCCCGCCACCCCACGUGGUUGGAGGUUUCCAGAAGCGUUUCCAGCGCCGCGCAGCGCAGCUCUAAGGCUGUCGGAGUGACUGUUUGCUGCCUCGUACUUUCACCAUCUAACCGCCAUGAUAAACGCCAGUCGAGCCGCGGCAUCCCGUCUCAUCGGCGCUGCAGCCUCCCGUGGCCCCACGGUCGCCCGCCACCAGGAUAGCUGGAAUGGCCUUAGUCAUGAGGCUUUUAGAAUUGUUUCAAGGCGGGACUAUGCAUCAGAAGCAAUCAAGGGAGCCGUUGUUGGUAUUGAUUUGGGGACUACCAACUCCUGUGUGGCAGUUAUGGAAGGUAAACAAGCAAAGGUGCUGGAGAAUGCUGAAGGUGCCAGAACCACCCCUUCAGUUGUGGCCUUUACAGCAGAUGGCGAGCGACUUGUUGGCAUGCCGGCCAAGCGACAGGCUGUCACCAACCCAAACAAUACAUUCUAUGCCACCAAGCGUCUUAUUGGCCGCCGAUAUGAUGAUCCUGAAGUCCAGAAAGACAUUAAAAAUGUUCCCUUUAAAAUCGUCCGUGCCUCCAAUGGUGAUGCCUGGGUUGAAGCUCAUGGAAAGCUUUAUUCUCCCAGUCAGAUUGGAGCGUUUGUUUUGAUGAAGAUGAAAGAAACUGCAGAAAAUUACUUGGGGCAUACAGCAAAAAAUGCUGUGAUCACUGUCCCAGCUUAUUUCAAUGACUCUCAAAGACAGGCCACUAAGGAUGCUGGCCAGAUAGCUGGACUAAAUGUGCUUCGGGUGAUUAAUGAACCUACAGCUGCUGCUCUGGCCUAUGGUCUAGACAAAUCAGAAGACAAAGUCAUUGCUGUAUAUGAUUUAGGUGGUGGAACUUUUGAUAUCUCUGUCUUGGAAAUUCAGAAAGGAGUAUUUGAGGUGAAAUCUACCAAUGGAGAUACUUUCUUAGGUGGUGAAGACUUUGACCAGGCCUUGCUGCAACACAUUGUGAAGGAGUUUAAAAGAGAGACAGGAGUUGAUUUGACCAAAGACAACAUGGCACUUCAGAGAGUUCGGGAAGCUGCUGAAAAGGCUAAGUGUGAACUCUCCUCAUCUGUGCAGACUGAUAUCAACUUGCCAUAUCUUACAAUGGAUGCUUCUGGACCUAAGCAUUUGAAUAUGAAGGUGACCCGGGCUCAGUUUGAGGGGAUUGUGUUUGAGCUAAUCAAGAGGACCAUCGCCCCAUGCCAAAAAGCCAUGCAAGAUGCAGAAGUCAGCAAGAGUGACAUAGGAGAAGUGAUUCUUGUUGGUGGCAUGACUAGAAUGCCCAAGGUUCAGCAGACUGUGCAGGAUCUCUUUGGCCGAGCCCCAAGUAAAGCUGUCAAUCCUGACGAGGCUGUGGCCAUUGGAGCUGCCAUUCAGGGAGGUGUGUUGGCUGGUGAUGUCACAGAUGUGCUGCUCCUGGAUGUCACUCCCCUUUCUCUGGGUAUUGAGACUCUGGGAGGUGUGUUUACCAAACUUAUUAACAGGAACACCACUAUUCCAACCAAGAAAAGCCAGGUGUUUUCUACAGCUGCUGAUGGUCAGACUCAAGUGGAGAUUAAAGUGUGUCAGGGUGAGAGAGAGAUGGCUGGAGACAACAAACUUCUUGGACAGUUUACUUUGAUUGGAAUUCCCCCAGCCCCUCGUGGAGUCCCUCAGAUUGAAGUUACAUUUGACAUUGAUGCCAAUGGGAUUGUACAUGUUUCUGCCAAAGAUAAGGGUACAGGACGCGAGCAGCAGAUUGUGAUCCAGUCUUCUGGUGGGUUAAGCAAAGACGAUAUUGAAAAUAUGGUUAAAAAUGCAGAGAAGUAUGCUGAGGAAGACAGGCGAAAGAAGGAACGAGUUGAAGCUGUUAAUAUGGCUGAAGGAAUAAUCCAUGAUACAGAAAGCAAGAUGGAAGAAUUCAAGGACCAAUUGCCUGCUGACGAGUGCAACAAACUAAAAGAAGAGAUUUCCAAAAUGAGGGAGCUCCUGGCUCGAAAAGAUAGUGAAACUGGAGAAAACAUAAGGCAGGCAGCGUCUUCCCUUCAGCAAGCGUCGUUGAAACUCUUCGAAAUGGCGUACAAAAAGAUGGCCUCUGAGCGAGAAGGCUCUGGAAGUUCUGGCACUGGGGAACAAAAGGAAGAUCAAAAAGAGGAGAAACAGUAAUACCAGAAAACUUUGGAGCCAAAAGGACAUCAUCUUAUGACGCUUGGGAGUAAAGGGAUUUCCUGAGCAGAAAUGGGAGAACUUCAUUCUUUUACUGUGUUUUUGCAGUAUUCUAUAUAUAAUUUCCUUAAUAUGUAAAUUUAGUGACUAUUAGCUAAUGAUCAUUUAAUGAGUGAUAAUUCCAACAGUGCAAAGCUCACAAUGUUCUGCCCCUAGCCUAUCAUUUUUCAGCUGCACGUGAAAGGGAAGAUGAUAUAUUGAUCAUUUUAAAGACUUAACAUUGUUUUAUGCUGAAGUAAUCCUAUUUCCAAGGGGUGAAACCAUCCCACACAACAAUGAAGAUAGUCAGUCAAAGACAUGGAAUGAGACCAUCUGGGGAUAAGAUACUUAACUACUGCUCUACCAGUGUGUGUGUACAUUGGUUCCUUCAACUGAGGCCUUGCAAGGCAAGUCUGCCAUGCCAGAGGUAGAGCAAUGGAAACAAGGUCAAUGGAAAACAAAGUAUUUGUGUUAAGUGCAACUCUUAAAACAAGGUAAUAAGGCUUCGUAAUUUUUCUGUGGGACACUUUUAUAGCUACCUUGUGGCUUUUGUCUGGUACCUGUAUCUUUGAUUUUUUUUGAUCCAUUCUGGAUUUUUUAAAAAAUAAAUAUGAAAAGCAUCUUGAUCUCAUUUGUGAAGAGUGAGACUCUUCAGAUUUAGCUUUGAGAAUAUAAUAUGCAUCAUACUCAAAUAUGUUGGAAGUGCUGGUAUAAUGAAAUAAGCAUUGUCACCAAGGAUAGGUCUGGUUCUGAGGUUUGUUUGUUUUUUUUAUAGCCCCAUCUUUUGUUUGGAAUGUUAAAGUCUAGGUAGAUCUCCAGCUUAAAAACUGGGGCUACUAUUUUCAGGUUGCUUUCUGCUGCUCUAUGUAGCUUUAUAUCAAUCUAGUAGUAAAUCCUAAGGUGUAAGUUCUGUGGCUCAGUAAUACUAGGUACUGCUUCUUUCCAUAUUUUUGUGUACAGUCAGUGAGUUGCCUUAUCCUAAAUUCUGUUGUAGUUCUGAUUACCACAUGCUAACAACUUCAGAAGCAGAACUUGGACUGCAUCUUUCCUAUAUCUUAAAUAUUUAAGUAUUGAGAAUUUUUCCUUCAAAUCUUCCAAUAGACUUCCCCUUGUGUUUCAUGGACUACUAUUGUAGACCAUGCCUAAAAGAAUUUUAAUAACAUGGGGCUUGGAUUCCAUCAGAAGUAAUGCUUCCUUUUAUUUUGUGGUGAUAAUCUAGAAAUGAAAUUCAUUAGUGUUCUAAUGUGAAAGACAUUGCAUAAUUACAUUCCUAGAAAGUUGUUCAUUAACACCCAUGUAAAUACUUCUUGAGAUUCAUAAAAAAUAAAUUCUAGGCUCGAGUUCUCAGCCACAAAGUUGGUGGGAACCUUGUGGAACAUGUAGUGAUUAUCCAUGACGGAUUGUUUUGUGGUAUGUUAGAUAUUUAGCAUCUGUGGUUGGCCCUUGCCCAGUAAACAUCUCUUGUAUCUC